AUGGAUUGUUUCUUUACCUGGUAUAGAGUCCCUGAAGAUCGAAGAGUUCAAUUUGUUAGCCUGAAACUAACUAGCACUGCCCAACUCUUUUGGAAAAGUGUAGAGGAUCUCCUUGAGAGGCAUCAUGCGCCUCCUGUUGGGAGUUUGGAAGAAAUGAAACGUUCUCUUCAAGAGAAAUACCUGCCCCAAUCUUACAGGGGUAAUUUGCUGGACCAAUGGAAUGCCCUUACACAGGGCAAUUGGCCAGUGACUGAGUAUGUCACUCAAUUUGAUGAAUUCCGAAUGAGAUGUCAUAUUGUUGAGGAUGAGGCCAUGACUUUGAGUAGGUUUAGACAAGGCCUAAAAGAUGAUCUUAGGUGCGAGCUUGUCCUUCGGGGUGUCGCUACACUUGACCACGCUUUCUCUUUAGUCCGAGACUAUGAGUCGGUUAUGAGGACUCCGUAUGGAAGGCGUGGUGACAACCGCCCUUCCAUCACCCCAGCGCCCACCCUUUCCCCUAAGUCUCUCUUAGGACCUCCACCAUCUAAUGUUUCCCCCGCAUGGGAAAAUAAGGGUAAAGGUCCUAAAAUUCCAAGGACUUCCUCCCGCUUGCAGUGCUUCAAAUGUAAUGGUUUUGGCCACAUUUCUUCCAAUUGUCCUAGUCGAACCCUAGUUAUUGAGGAACAUGAGGGUAUACUUGAUGAACCGUUAGAAGAUCAAGUCUAUGAGCCUAAGCUUGAGGAGUUUGGUGAUUUAGGUGAUGAUGAGGAUACCUUCUUAGGUUGUAUCCGAACCUUUCUUGUGGAUUUAAGUUCUGUACCUCAUGCUCCCGACACACCCAGAUUAAGUGUUGUACGUUGCACCCUUACCCAACCAAAAGGUGCUGAUGAUUGGCGCCGUCAUGCCAUCUUUCAUACUUAUAUCAAAAUCAAUGAUAAGGAUUGUAAAAUCAUUGUGGAUAAUGGGAGUUGCAUUAAUGCGGUUUCUAUGGCUACUGUGUCCCAUCUUGGAUUGCAACCAGUGCCACACCCUCAGCUGUAUAGUGUUUAUUGGGUUGAUACCUCUUCCAUAGAUGUGAAAGAGCGUUGUCUGGUGCCUAUCCAGUUAUUAGAAUAUAAGGAUUGUAUAUGGUGUGACGUCAUUCCUAUGGAUGUCGGUCAUGUCAUGCUUGGCAGACCUUGGUUAUUCGACUUAGAUGUGACCAUCCAUGGGUUAAAUAUCAUUAACUCUACGGAGUUUGAGCAUGCACUCGUGAGUGCUUCUGUUGUGUUUGCUGUGGUUGUUAUGGAGGUUCCAUUGGCAUCUCCAAUAGUGGCCCUUGAUGAGGCCCAAUCAUUUUUUCAGGAGUUUCGGGAUGUCUUCCCUGAAGACCUCCCUGACCACUUACCUCCUCUACGAGAUAUUCAACAUGCCAUAGAUCUUGUCCCAGGAGCGUCCCUUCCAAACUUGCCUCGUUAUAGGAUGAAUCUCACUGAGCAUGCUAAGCUCCAAAGACAAGUGGGUGAACUUCUUCACAAAGGCUUUAUCCGUGAGAGUUUAAGUCCUUGUGCAGUUCCUGCCCUUUUGACUCCUAAGAAAGAUGGUUUUUGGAGGAUGUGCAUUGAUAGUCGUGCCAUUAAUAGGAUUACAGUGAAAUAUUGA